AUGAAUUCCCACAUACCCAUCAAUAAAAUCCGCAAAGUUACGCCCUUAGAAUCGUGCCCAAGAAUCUUCAUUCAAGACCCACCCUGGAUUGCCUCACUGUUCUUGAAGGAGAAUGGUGGAGGAGGCGGCGGAGGCUCCAAUAGCACCCCUUCUUCUGCUUCUGCUGCUUCUCCAACUGAAAAUGAAGACGAUUCGAUGCUGGGAAAUGGGUAUUGUUAUCCUCCGAAAGAGAUUAAGGAUAUUGUGGAUGCUCCUCCGCUUCCUGCAGUUUUACUCUCGCCACACAUGGAUAAAAUACUGUUUCUCGAGCUGAGAGCUCUGCCUCCACUGGCACACCUAGCGAGACCGCAGUUUCGUAUUCAUGGCAAGCGUACUACUAGGAGUCGGAUGUCAUCUUACACGGGUAUUGUGAUUCAUGAGUUGAGGCCUGAUGGUAAACUUGGGCCCGAGAAAAAGUUACAUGGGAUCCCUGACGGCGCUAAUAUCAAUGUCGUUACUUGGUCGCAAGAUGGUAGGCAUUUAGCAUUCUGUGUCUGGGUUGAUGAUGAAGAAAAUCGCAGCGGUAAGCUUGCAAUAUGGGUUGCUGAUGUAGAAACAGGGAAGGCUAGACCUUUGUUUGAUCAGUCACCAGAAAUAUGUCUUGAAGCGGUUCGUAAUUAUGCUUGGGUUGAUAAUUCUACUAUAUUAGUUUCCAUCAUCCCAUUCUCUCGUGGAGUCCUACCAAAUAAACCUUUCGUUCCUAGUGGCCCGAAGAUACAGUCCAAUGAGCAUAAAAACAUUAGAACCACCUUGGAUUUGCUAAAAGAUGAAUUUGAUAAAAAAGUGUUCGACCACUAUGUAACUACGGAGCUUGUGUUGGCUUCUUUGGAUGGGAGAGUGAAGACAAUCGGCCCACCAGCUGUGUAUGAAUCAUUGAAGCCCUCUCCAGACGGGAAAUACCUCAUGAUUAGUUCAAUUCACAGAUCGUGCUCUGUCAAUGUUGUACCAAGAGGAAGAUAUCCAAAGAAGGUAGAUUUGUGGACUACUGAUGGGAAAUUUGUUAGGAAACUUUGUGAUUUGCCCCUUACUGAGGACAUUCCCAUUGGAUGCAAUAGUGUACGGAAAGGGAUGCGUUCUAUAAAAUGGAGAGAAGAUAAGCCAUCAACACUUUACUGGGUAAAGACACAAGAUGGAGGUGAUGCGAAUGUACGAGUUUAUCCACGUGAUAUAGUUUAUACACAGCCUGCUGAGCCACUAGAAGGUGAACAGCCAGCGAUCUUACAUCAAUUAGAUCUCCGUUAUGGAGGUAUUUGUUGGUGUGAUGAUUCACUGGCUCUAGUUUCUGAAUCUUGGUACAACACACGGCGAACACUUAGAAGGGUGAUUUCUGCUGGAUCUGAAGAAUCUUGGUACCAGACACUGCGAACAAGAACCUGGGUGAUUUCUCCUGGAUCUAAAGAUGCUAGUCCACGCCUCCUAUUUGAUAGGUCAUCAGAAGAUGUGUACUCUGAUCCUGGCUCUCUAGUCCUGUGGAGAAGUCCUGCUGCACGUUAUGUGAUUGCAAAGGUAAAUAAGGAAAAUGAUGGAAACACUUAUGUUUUACUGAACGGAAGUGGUGCUACACCAGAAGGGAACAUUCCAUUCCUUGAUUUGAUUGACAUAAAUACAGGCCGCAAAGAACGAAUAUGGCAGAGCGACAAAAAUAAAUAUUACGAGACUGUCGUUGCUUUUAUUUAUGAUCAGAAAGAAGGGGAUUUGCGAGUCGAUCAGUUGAAAUUACUGAUUUCCGAAGAGUCGAAAACUGACAACCCUCAAUAUCUCAUUCUGAGCUGGCGAAAGAAGAAAGCAUCUAAAAUUUCGAAUUCCCCUCAUCCCUACCCACACCUGGCACUAUUGCAGAAAGAGAUGAUCAGGUACCUCAGAAAGGACGGGGUGCUACUGACUGCAACAUUGUACCUGCCACCAUUUUAUGAUCCAUCAAAAGAUGGUCCUCUUCCAUGUUUGGUCUGGUGUGACCCUGACGAAUUUAGAAGCAAAGAUGCUGCUGGACAAGUUCGAGGUUCUCCUAAUAAAUUUGCUGGCAUUGGACCUACAUCACCCCUUCUUUGGCUGGCUAGAAGGUUUGCUAUUCUAUCCGGACCAGCAAUUCCUAUUAUUGGUGAAUGGCCUGAAGGCUAUGAAGAGGCAAAUGGCAGGUAUAUAGAGCAGUUGGUCUGGAGUGCAGAGGCUGCAGUUGAGGAAGUUAUCCGACGUGGAGUGGCUCAUCCAAACAAAAUUGCUGUUGGGGGACAUUCCCUUGGUGCUUUCAUGACUGCAAACCUCCUAGCACAUGCCCCGAAUCUUUUCAGUUGUGGAGUUGCUUGGUCUGGUGGUUACUACAGAACACUUGCUCCUUUUGGUUUUGAGAAUGAAAACAGAACUCCUUGGCAGGCCACAACCACUCCUGUGGAGAUGAGUCCUUUCAUGUCAGCUAAUAGAAUUAAGAAGCCAAUAUUGCUUAUCCACGGAGAAGACGACAAGAAUCCUCAUACUUUAUCAAUGCAGUCAGAUUAUUUUUUCAGUGCUCUGAAAGAUCACGAUAAUGCUCUUUGUCGCCUAGUGAUUCUUCCAUUUGAGAGCCAUGUCUAUACUGCAAAGGAGAGUAUCAUGCAUGUCCUCUGGGAAACUGAUAGAUGGCUGCAGAAAUAUUGUGUGUCAAAUACUACUGAUCUAAAAGCAGAUAUUGACGCAUCUAAACAUGAUAUAAGCAAAGAGGCAACAGUACUGCGUAUAUUUGGAGCUUGUAAUUCUCACUGA